CCCCCCCUACGUAGCAUGAGCGAGGCGUCAUCUUCUCCGCGCUCCGUGACCUCCAGUGCGCCCACAUCCGCCCCUGGGCAUCGAAGCAGCAAGAACCAUGGACACCAGACAUUCGCGAACAUCUCUGCGAUGGAUCUACUGCAAAGUAUGCGCUCACAGUGUUAAUAUUCCGUCUCAAAAACCAGCAAUAACCUCGUCUCAUUUUCUUUCCAGCAUUGCCGCUGACCGCCGCCGGGCGUCCCGCGCUCUUCGGCAACGAGGUGGAGAUCUACAGCGAGGAGCACAUCGGUCUGUACGACCGCACCUUCAAGACACCGCACGUGCACGGCCGCUGCUCGGUCACCACACACCGCCUCUUCUAUAUGGACGAGACGAGUUCUCCACCCGUGGCGUACUUUGUGCCGCUCGAGUGGGUCACGCGAAUUACGAAGGAAGCGGGCUUCCUGCAACGCUCCGCUAAGGUGCGGGUGGACUUGACAACGCGCCCACAACCACAAGCCACAUCGUUUUUAAAGUUAUCCUUCAAGGACGGUGGACGUGACGACUUUUUCAGUCCUCUGGAAGCCUCACUAAAGCGGAAAGCUUGGAAAGACACGCAACCAAGUCACUUGGCCGAUAGGCGACUAGUAAAACGGCAAUUCAAUGCUGCAGAUGCUGGUAUCGCGGGUAUUAUGCGUCGCCAACAGGAGGCACAGAAGGAGACGACGGAACUGGCGGCCACGGCGUUCACCGAUUUGGCCAACCUAAUGCUUAAGGCUAGAGAUAUGGUAAGUCUGAUUGAGCGAUAUGUGGACACACAGAAAGCCGUGGAAUCGAAUGGAGAGGAUGGGACUACGACGUCAAGGGAGGACGAUAUCAACAAGCUCAGUUCGUUGAUGCUGGAUAUGGGUAUCACCAGUCCGGUGACGCGUGAGAAUUCAGGUGCGGCGUAUUACGAACAGCUUGCUCGACAACUUGCGGAGUAUCUUAGCGAACAUAUGCCGACGAAUGGAGGGAUCAUGACCUUGUCGGACAUCUACUGUAUGUUCAAUCGAGCACGAGGCGUUGAGCUGGUAUCUCCGGACGAUCUGUACCACGCAGCACUGUUGCAGAAAAAACUGAAGCUUGGAUAUAGCGUGCGCAAGUUCCCUGGUGGCCUCAUUGUACUGCAAACAGACUCGCAUCGUGAGGAUAAGGUGGCUGAGCGUCUCGCUAAGAUGGCACAGAAGUCCAGCUCCGGCUACAUCACAUCUACCGACGUGUCGGUGGAGCUGCAUACGUCAUUCCCGUUAGCCUGGGAAUACCUAAAGGUAGCAGAGGAGCUUGGAAAACUCUGUCGAGACGAAACAUUUGAAGGGACCAACUUCUAUCCGAACAAAUUUGAACAACUUAUGCAAGAUGCGGAGGUGGAGAAGACGGCGUAAGACUUUUUGUGGGGAUAGUAUGUGAAUAGAGGCUUGCUAGGUAAGACAUAUGAAAGAUAGACGCGGCCAAGUAUGCUGACCCAAUUGCUGAAACUUAGAGCGUUCUGUUGCUGUUUGUGUGGGUCUUGUUUGUCAAUGUCCAGCCUGGUUCUCGUGCUUUACAGGUUUAGUUGCUCGUUGUCUGUGGAUGUAUCUCACAGUCUUCAACACACCGCCCGCCUGAAAUUCCGAGCUCCUCGAUAAGGCAGGCUCCGCCACUUUAACCAUUCUAGAUACACAAA